AUGGACGGUGACGAGGAGCGAAAGUCUAAACAGCAUCGUGCCUCCCGAGCUGGUCGAGGCCACGAUAAAAAGGCAAACAAAUCCGAGCACUCGUUUCACUCCGAAAUCGAUGAAAAACGCCAGGAAAAAGAACGUGCGGGUUCACAAAAGCGGAAUCCUAAGGCUUUUGGAGUUCAAUCCGCUGUGAAUAUGAACAAAGGCUUCCGUCUUGCUCAAGACAGGAAAAGCAACAAGACUUUUAUCCCAGUCGUCAAGAGGGAAACUGACGAGCCGCCUCCAAUAAUCGUCGCAAUUGUCGGCCCGGCAAAAGUUGGAAAAUCAACCCUUGUCCGCUCCCUCGUGAAACAUUACACAAAACAAAAGAUGAAUCGUGUGGACGGUCCGAUAACAGUCGUUUCGGGCAAAUACAGAAGAAUCACCUUCAUCGAGUGUCCGAAUGACUUGAACUCGAUGAUUGACAUCGCAAAAGUUGCUGAUUUGGUUCUUUUGAUGGUUGACGCUAGUUUCGGCUUUGAAAUGGAGGUGUUUGAGUUUUUAAACGUCGCGCAAGUCCAUGGUAUGCCAAGAGUAAUGGGAGUCCUCACUCAUCUUGAUCUCGUCCCAGUUGGCGAUAAGCAAAAGAAAAUCAAAACGAAGCUCAAGCAUCGUUUUUGGACAGAACUGUACCAAGGCGCAAAACUCUUCUACCUCUCUCGUCUUGCCCAAGAAGGCCAGUACAUGAAUCAGGAAAUUUCCAAUCUUGCCCGUUUCAUUUCCGUUAUCAAAUUUCGUCCGAUCAUGUGGCGCCAAAAUCAUCCAUAUGUUCUCGUCGACAGAGUUGAGGAUCUCACAGAUCCCGAGGAGCUCUCAAAGAAUAAGAAAACGGAUAGAACCGUUGCUCUUUAUGGCUUCUCAAGAGGAGCUCAUAUGAAUCCUUCUUAUCAUGUUCAUAUCGCCGGUGUUGGUGACUUCGUGCCGUCUUCUGUGACGCAUCUUCCUGACCCAGCACCCCUUCCGAAAGAACAGAAAAAACGAUCUUUGAAUCAGAAGGAGAGAAUCCUCUACGCUCCUUUGACCGGACAAGGAGGAUUCAUGUACGACAAAGACGCAGUCUACCUCGACGUUGACAAGGCAGAGCAUGACGGGCCAAGAGAAGGAGAAGAGUUUCUGAACAAAAUGGCUGAUGCUAAUCUCCAGUCAAAAAUGAAAGAGAGCGGAGGCGAAUUGCUGACACUUCUUGCCGGUGGUAAUGAAGUCGAGAGGCGACCUGCAAACUUUGAAGGCGAAGAAGACGACGACGAUGAUGAUGACAACGAAGAGGACGAAAACUCGGGAGAAGAAGAAGAGUCCGAGGACGAAAUUGAAGGGCUCGAAAAAAGAGAAGUGGCCUCGGAUUCGGAUGGAGAAGGUGAAGACUUUGACGCGAAUGAAAUGGACGGCAAGCUUCUUGAAAUGCAACAAGAACUUGAAGGAAGCGAACCAGAGUCAGAAGAUGAUCUCGCAUUCAAGAAUGACAUGCAUACACGUGCUUCCAAUAGCUUUUACGCUCGGCAAUCAUCUUCAGUUAAUCUAAAAGCACUAGUCUACGAUACAGACCCAACAAAGUUGCAAGAAAAUACAGAAAAAUCAGAAGUCGGCGAUUUCUUUGUAAAGAUCAUGGAAAAAUCGAGUGAAAUCAAUGACAAGGACGAGACGAAAAAGCCCUUUAUCGCCACAAAUGCUAUUGAUGAUGAGGAUGACAUUCUAUCGAGAGUUGAGCAAUUAGCCGCUAUGAUCAAGGACAGCUUUGUUACGGGGGACUGGGGUGAGGAAGAUGCCGAAAAAUUACUGGAAGAAGAUGAUGCCCUUUAUGGCGAUUUUGAAGAUUUAGAGAAAUCUUUGGACGACGAGAGCGGCUCAGAAGAAAAUGAUGAUGGCUUUGAAGAAGAGGAAACUGAAGCUAUGGAGGUUGAAGAAAGCAAAGAAGACGAGAAGACGAAGAAACAGAAAAUCUGGGAAAAGAAACAAAAAUUGAAAGAGGCCUUCAACCAAGAAUACGAUGAUAAGGGUGAUCCAACAGCUGGUUUUUUCGAAGAGUGGAAGAAGGAAACUGAAGCCAUUGCAGCUAGAAAUAAAAAUGAAUUUGCCGAUCUAGCCGAUGAUUUGAGAAUCAACUACGAAGGCUACCGCGCUGGACUCUAUCUUCGCAUGGAAUUCGAGAACUUUCCCGCAGAAUUCCUUGAAAACAUGGAAAUUAAAUACCCUCUAAUCGUCGGAGGUCUUCUCCCUUCCGAACAACAGAGGAGUACUGUGCAGAUGAGAAUUAAAAGACAUCGAUGGUUCCCUCGCCCAGUACUCAAAUCGCGAGAUCCAUUAAUUGUCUCUCUCGGAUGGAGAAGAUUCCAGACCAUGCCGCUCUACUACAUGCAGGAUCACAACAUGAGGCAGAGAUUCCUGAAGUAUACGCCAGAACAUAUGCACUGCUGGGCGACCACUUUGGCUCCAGUCGCGCCACAAGGAACUGGUUUCUUAGCUGUUCAGAAAAUGGCGAAUGGACAACCUGGCUUUAGAAUUUGUGCAACUGGAACAGUGCUUCACCAGGAUCACUCUGCCAAGGUCGUCAAGAAACUCAAGCUGAUCGGUUACCCAAUGAAGGUCUACAAAAAUACGGCAUUCGUUAAGGAUAUGUUCACAAGUCAAAUUGAGGCCGCCAAGUUUGAAGGAGCGCAAGUUCGAACUGUUUCUGGAAUCCGAGGCAUCAUCAAAAAGUCACUACGGAAGCCGGAGGGCGUUGUCAGAAUAACCUUCGAAGAUCGAGUGCAAUACUCUGAUAUUAUCUUCUGCAAGACUUGGGUAAACUUGGCGAUUCCGUCGAUGUAUCUGCCGGUCACAAACUUGUUACAGGAAGAGUCAAAGAAAUCCGAUUGGCAAGGACUGAAAACCGCCGGAGAAAUCCGAAAGGAGCGAGACAUCAAGCUCAAGCAGCGAUCAGACUCGCUUUACAAACCUGUCCAACGAAAGAAACGCGUGUUUAACAAAUUGGUGUUGCCAAAGGAACUAAAGAAGGAUCUUCCUUUCAAAACGAAGAUGAAAAAUCAGCAGAAACAGAUUGCAGGCGUAAACAAGGCCUCGAGAGUGCCUGUCAUCAGAGAAGAGAAAGACAAGAAGGUUGCCGCUCUGUUCAAUAUUCUGGGAGCAGCGCAAAACGAGAGAAAAGAAAAACGAAAGGCAGAUUCGAAGGCUCGAACAGAAAAGUACAAGGCGCUUAUAAAGAAGCAACAGCUCAAGCGCCAGCGACAGAACAAAGAUAUCAAAAAGAAAAUUUAUUCAAAUCUGCAGAAAGAAGUGUCGAAAUAA